AUGAAUGAUUCAACUUCAAAUCAGUUGAAUGAGAACAAUUUGGUUUAUUCCUCUGAAACGAAUCAUGCUGAUAAGACUAGCUGUGUUGUGGAUGAAAAAUUUGUCCCAAAGGUGGAGAUGAUUUUCACGACAUUAGAAGAAGCUGGAAAGUUCUACAAAUAUUAUUCCAAACUUGCUGGUUUUUCUACCAAAAUAAGGAACACGACUCGAAAGGGAGACGGGGUUAAGAAUCAACUAAUUGAUGUUGGUCUCUGGACAAUUUCCAAAGUUGUUAUGAAUCACUCACAUCCUUGCUGUCCAGACCAGGCAGAGAUACUCAAACAACACAAGGAGCUUAGCAUGUUCGUGUGUCGCACCAUUGAAACCAACGAGGAAGCUAGAAUCAGACCGAGUAAAACUUACCAAUCAUUUGUGGCAGCAGCCGGCAGCCACCGUGAACUAAGUUUUAUAGAAAAAGACGUGAGAAAUUACAUCACAAGGGAAGUAUGGAAUAUUUCCGAACAAGACGAUGCCAAAGAAUUUGGAAAGUACCUACUAAGAAUGAAAGAGAAGAACCAAAAUUUUUUCUUUGAGCUCAACCUCGAAGGUGAUCAUUGCAUCAAACAUGCAUUCUGGGUUGACGCAAGAAGCAAGGCCGCAUGUGAGUAUUUCGGAGGCGUGGUUUCAUUCGACACUUCCUAA